AUGUACAUCACUGUGACAAGUUCUUCCAUCAUUGUAGUGGCCAUAGGAAUCUUCCCAACUCCUGCCAAGAUUGUAGUGAAGCCAGGAGGUAACGCUUUCCUUCACUGCCAAGCAUAUGGUACGCCCCGCCCUUCUGUUUCCUGGACCAAGGGAGGCAACCAAGUCCUGUCUGGUGGCAAGUUUGCAGUGUUUGACAACGGUACUCUGAUCAUCUCGCAGGUUAACGUCCAGGAUACUGGGGACUAUGUGUGUAUGGGUAGCAAUGGUGUGUCCACACCUGCAGAACGCAUCAUGAUGUUGUCUAUAAGAGAAUCGCUGAGAGUGGCCAUUGAUGACAUUAACAUCAAGAAGCCAAGGGAAGGUGAUCGACUUUACCUUACCUGUCGAGGGUAUGGCUACCCUGAGCCAACCCUCAUGUGGGAGAGACUGGGGCGCCCCCUACAGAAUUCCCCUGGAGUGUUUGUAAGGGGAGGUGACCUGCGCAUCACUAGUCUGACCUUAGAUGACACAGGACUCUACACCUGUAUCGCCAACAACAACGAAGAGAAAGUGGAGGAUGAUAUCUCUAUCCAGGUCUUACAGAAAGAUGCCACACUGCCCGACUGUAAGGACCGUGCUCCACUGAUGAAGUGUCGACUAAUCGUGACAGCUAUGUUAUGUAACUACAGUAUAUACUCCAAACAAUGUUGUGGUAGCUGUGAGCGAGAAAGGUCACGGCUGAUUGGCUAAUCUGUGAACCAAUAAUACUCCAUAACACAUUACACAAACAGCUAGUGAGACUAGCGGAGAGUGGAUUUUGAAUGCUGUGGUUUAACAUUGGGAUCACAGUGACCUGUAUUGACCUUUCUGUCCCGUCUACUCAAUGUUGGGCUGAAGAGCAACCCAUCGGGACAGACAGCUAGGUCACUAGUUCUCUGAUCAUUUAAAAUACCAAAGAUGUGCAUUUCUAUAGGAGACUUGAAUUCCCUGUUGUUAGCAGGAAGCUGAUGGGUAGAUAAUUUUGUUGAAUCGGUUCCUGCUGAGAUCAAGAGUGCUUACAUUCUGCCUGGAGGUUUGCACUAACUGUACACCAUAUGGCAUUGUUGAACAAAGUCCCAUCAAAAUGUUCAAAAUGUUUUAAUAAAUUGUUUUGUAAGUUUGUAGAUAAUGUUUAGUAUAUAUUUUCAUGUCUGUCACUCACAAUAACAAACAAACCUGCUUCUCAGUAAAGUGUAUAUCAUAAAUGUCAUGAAUGUGACUUUUCAGUAUAGUUUUUAUCAUUAAUGUCAGUCAUUAAUG